AUGGAUCCUUCAAAGAUAAAACGGAGAAUCGGUCGCUUUCGGAUCCUCGUCAUAGGGAGAGCCAAUGCAGGAAAAACAACCAUUCUGCAGAGAGUCUGCAACACGCGGGACCAACCAGAAAUAUACAACAGCAAGGGGGAAAAGAUCGAUUUAACGGGAUCCAGAGGGCGCGGACUGCACGACAUUGAUGACGAAGUGGUGUUUCCAAGCAACCCGGGCUUCGUUUUUCAUGAUUCACGGGGUUUCGAGGCAGGCGGCGUAUCAGAAUUCGACAAGGUCCAGACAUUUAUCAUUGAGCGUUCCAAGGAAAUGAAGAUAACAAAACGGCUCCACACUAUAUGGUUCUGCAUCCCAAUGGACGAAGCAUGUAGGUCGUUCACUGCAGCCGAGAAUAAGUUUUUCUCCCAGUGCGACACAGGAAGCAAAUCACAAUCCUCAGUACCUGUCAUCGUUGUGUUCACAAAGUUCGAUGCACUAUACGACGUCGCUUACACACAACUGAAAACAGAAGGAAAAUCUCGGAAAGACGCUAGAAAACUGGCCGCAAAACGCGCCGAAGAAACAUUUGCAAACGGACCGCAACUGAGGUUUCUCAAGGAUGUCCGAAAACCUCCACCAUGUCACGUAUGCCUUCCCAAUAUGGACAAAGAUGAUGCAAAUUCUGGACCACUGAUCGAACGCACAGCUGCAACUUUGGAUGAUGAAGUACUGAAGCGAUUGUUCGUCACGACCCAACAGACCAACUUGGAGGUCUGUAUGAAAUAUGCAAUUGAAAGAACAUUGCGAGAACAUCUUGGCUCUGCAGAGACAAGCGCAUCUGAAGGUCACGAGAAGAUAAUAGGAACCUUGGGCGCCUGGUUUCCACAUAUUUGGGCAGUACGUCUGUCAAUCCUCAUUCGCGCAAGAGCCAUGCUGAUCCAAGUCGUUGCCCACCGUUCGCAGGGAGUGAGUGUGUCGAUCCUCGUUCGAGCAACAGCCAUGCUGAUCCAAGUCGUUGCCCACCGUUCGCAGGAAGACGAGCUUCGCGACGAUCACUGUGCGGUGAUACAAUCCAAGUUACUCUCUGUGCGGCGCUAUCUUCAGGACAAGGGGCAGUCUGAUCCCUCUUUUUAUGUCGCACUGGAGCAGUACAUGUCAUCUCCGCAUGCAGCUGCUGUCGUGAAGGGUGUGAGCGACCCCGUUCACGCUUAUGAACAAGCGGUGGCUGCUUCCGCGAUGGAGAAAGAAUCUUCGUCCUCUCAGGCGAAGGCGGAGUUAAUCAACGCUGUUCUUGAAAUCACUUUAAAUCAUCGCCUGUCUGUGAAUGUGGGCUUCGAGAGGUUUAUUGAGGUGUUUGAAGCACGUGAGUCACCCUCAGCUGAGAAUCCUGAGAUGGUGGUGGAAUCCACUGGGCUUGAUGUACCUCCGAAGCAUUCUUUGUCCGAUUCAAGUGCAUUGAGUUCAGAUCCAUGGAACGUCUCUGUCAACCGGACGCGCCUCCAAAGUUUUCCUGUUGGCGAUCAGCGUAUCGAUUUGCAGUCGCUCCACUCUAAAAUAUCCUGUGACUGCCUUCGUAUGCCGGACAUGGAGGGACGUUCAAGUCUAUCUUACGAGGUGAACAUGGGAGCAGAGGAUGAAAAAGCGGAUGCAGCAGCCAUGGGCGUUGACACAUUUGACGAGGAAGACAAGCACGAAGAUGCUUGUCGUCGAGCUGAUGGCGACGGGUGUUGGCUAAGUGACACGAACUUGUUAAGCCCCAUGGGAGUGCUUGUACCAUCCCGUGGACGCGGAGGCAUAUGUGGAUUGUUUGCGCUGUGGGCAGGCUUCCUCCUUGAAGGAGCUGAGAUACGAUCUGGCAGAGGGGGCCAGAUGCAAGGGCCUUGGGAUUGGGAUUGCCUGGAUAGCCGGUUGUCGCUUGUGCUGGAAUUUGGGUAA